AUGCGAUUAUUAUUCUACCACCUGAGAAAGAAAGGAUUGCCGACUCCCCCUUGGAACCCCGUGUUAGGGAAUCUCCCCGUCAUGGCCGAGUUACAGAAGAAAGGGCCGAGCGAUACCCGCCAAGCCGAAUCAUUUGCUCUUCUUUCCACUGAGACUCCCGGAUUAGAGGCCGGGUUCUACAUUGAUGUUUGGCCCUUUAGCUGCCCGAUGCUAGUUGUGACGUCUCCAACAAUGGCAAUUGAAGCGUGUCAGACCUAUGAUCUCCCCAAGCCAGAUGUUCUCCAGCAGUAUAUCAACCCAAUGGCCGGGGGUUCAGACAACUUAUUCGUCUCUAAUGGUGCGCACUGGAAGAAGGCACGAGAACUCUUUAAUCAUGGAUUCAGCAUGACUGAUUCCUUGAGUCAUGUGAGUGGCAUUCUUGAAGAGGCCGAAGUCUUUGUGAAGAUGCUCAACAUCCACGCACAAACGGGGGACAUCUUUUCACUUGACCAACUGACGUGCCGUUAUGUGAUGGAUAUUAUCGGAAACGUCGCAUUAAACACGCGUUUCAACCAUCUAGAGCAACAUAACCCAAUUGCCGCAGCGAUGCGAGAUACCAUCGAAUUGGAAUGUGGCAUCGAGGCAGGCAACUUCUUGGAACGGUGGAGUCCGCGUCGAUUAUACCGACAGUGGCAGAAUGGACGAACCAUGAAUCACCUCAUCGGGGUUGAACUUGAGAAACGUUUCCAAGAAUGGAAACAAAACGAAGCCAAGUCCUUGACCUUUUGCUCAAAGUCAAUUAUGGAUAUUGUCAUUUCAGAGUAUAUGAAAUCAAGGCCUCGAGAGCAGCAACACCUUGAUCCAAAAUUCAAAUCCUGGGCCACAAUUCAAAUGCGUCUGUUCCUUGUGUUUGGCGCCGGCGCAUCAAGUGCGUGCCAAGUGCUGAGAGAACGUCCUCAGACAAUCAACCAACUCCCCUACACUCACGCCAUCGUCAAAGAGACUCUCCGACUCUUCCCGCCCGCCAACGGACUCAGAGGCGGUCUUCCCCACGUUUCUCUCCGCGACGAACAUGGGAGAUCCUUCCCCACUGAAGGGUGUGCAAUUUGGAUUGUACACACUGCUGUUCAUCGCAACCCGGCAUUUUGGCCUGAACCGCACUCCUUCAUCCCCGAACGUUGGCUUGUCGAGCAAGGCCAUCCCUUGUAUCCUCCAGCGGGAGGAUGGAGACCGUUCGAGCACGGCCCGCGCAACUGCAUUGGCCAAAAUCUCUCUCUUCUUGGGAUUAUAACCACGCUUGCUAUGGUUGUGCGCCAAUUUGAUUUCCACGAUGCGUAUGCCGAAUAUGAUGGUCUGAAUCCAUCAGAUGGCAUCAAGACAAUGUUUGGAGAACGUGCUUAUAUGAUUCAAAAGGGGUCUGGUCAUCCCGCCCAGGGCUUUCCUUGUAAGGUUACAGUGGUACCACAGACUGGACAGAAAGAAGCUUGA